UUACCACUCUUCGUUGCUGAAAGCUCAUUUACGGGGGCGCUUCCGGUCAACGCGUACAACGAAGAAGUGCUCCCGUUCGGCGUUCUGACCUCAUUUUCUCUGAAGUCUGGCUAUAAUCUCAGCCUUAGGUUUAGCUCAAACCGAAAACGAGUAAGAGAAAAACACGGCUGUGUGCUAUGAAGAGUAAUACGGCCAGCUUUGAAAAAAGUUCCAAAAGUACACAGGAGGAACAGCAGCCAUCAAUGAAGAUGAAAUCUCUGAGGAUCCACAUCAAGAAAGAAGUCCUAGAAGAAAUUCAAUCACCUUCUCUACAGUAUGAUGCUGUACAGUCGUCAUCAGCUCAUCAAGAACAAAGUAAGAACGGCAGAGAUGAGGAACUGGAAUCGGGAAUUGCAGAAGGAUACAAGAUCUAUACCUACUGCAUCAAAGAAGAAGAGCCAGAUGAAACACCAUCCUCUCCAUUUGAUAAUGCUACACAGUCAUUAACACAUCAAGAUGUCUGCAGUCCUAGCAACGUUCCUCAAAGCUUUGGAAACCGGAUGCAGAUACCAAGUCCUCCUCAUGCAGUCUCAGAAUCUCAGAAGUCUUCACAAACUGAUGUAAAAGGUAGUUGUGACCGUGCGAUCAACUCUGACUCAAGUAACAGCAUUCAAAGUGAGAAAUGUCCAGAAGAAAAUGAUAGCAAAAGAGUUGAAUGUAGGAAUAAUAUUAAGGAUGCAGACUCAGAGGACCAGAAUACUUCACACACCAAUGUAGAAGGUAGUUGUGACCGUACGAUCAAUUCUGACUCAAGUAACAGUAUUCAAAGUGAGAAAUGUCCAGAAGAAAAUGAUAGCAAAAGAGCUGAAUGUAGGAAUAAUAUUAAGGAUGCAGACAAAGUCAGUUCCAAGUUAAAUGGUGAAGCUACACGCUCAUUGGGAAUACAUUCAGGAAAGAAAUAUCACCAAUGUUCUGAGUGUGGUAAGAAAUGGAGUUCAAAAUCUAACCUCGCAAGACAUUUAAGGACACACACCGGUGAAAAGCCUUAUCCAUGUCCUGAAUGCGACAAGAGAUUUUCUGAUAAAAGCAGUAUCCCUCAGCACAUGUUAAUUCACAGUGGAGAAAAGCCGUAUCAGUGUUCUGAGUGUAGUAGCCGGUUUAAUUGUAAAAGUAACCUAAGACAGCACAUGAACCACCAUUCCACUACUAAUCUCCAUCAGUGUCCAAAGUGUAACAAGAAGUAUGAUAGCAAAUAUACUCUGGCACAACAUUUGAUUACACACACUGAUGAAAGGCCUUUUAAGUGUCCAGAAUGUAAUAAGACGUUUACUGCUAUAAAAUACCUCAAGAGGCACCAGAAACUACACGCUAAGGAUAAGGCUUAUGAAUGUACCUAUUGUAACAAGAAAUUUCACUCAGCAUGUUAUCUGAAAUUUCACAUAAGAACACACACGGGUGAAAAGCCUUAUCAAUGUCCUGAAUGCAGUAAGAGAUGUGCUACUAAAAGUAGGCUCAAUGUACACAUGCUAACACAUACAUGUACUGAUGAAAAGCCUUAUCAAUGUCCUGAAUGCAGUAAGAAAAGUGCCACUAAAAGUAACCUCAAUAAACACAUGCUAACACAUACUGGUGAAAAACCUCAUUCAUGUUCUAUGUGUAAUAAGAAAUAUAGAUCAUCAUCUGAUCUGAAAAUCCAUUUAAGAACGCACUCUGGUGAAAAGCCCUUUCUCUGUUCUUUUUGUGGUGAAAGAUGUACCGACAUAGGUAGCCUUGCUAAUCACACUAUACGAUUCCACAGGGAAUGGACUCAACAAUGUCCUCAAUGUAGCAAGAAAUUUGUUUCAAAAUCACACCUUAGAACUCACAUGAGGACACAUACUGGUGAAAAGCCUUAUCAAUGUCCUGAAUGCAGUAAGAGAAGUGCUACUAAAAGUAGCCUCAAUCAACACAUGCUAACGCAUAACGGUGAAAAGCGUUAUGAAUGUUCUGAAUGUAAGAAAACAUAUGCUAAUAAAGGAGAUCUCGAUACACACAAGAAGGUACAUACUGGAGUGAAGCAUGCCCAAUGCUCUCAUUGUGAUCAAGGGUUUGAUUCGAAGUAUUACCUUAAGAAACAUGUCAGAACUCACACCGGUGAAAAGCCUUAUCGAUGUUCUGAAUGUAAUAGGGACUUUACAUUUCAGUCGAACCUUAAAAGGCACAUGAUGAUUCAUACUGGAGAGAUGCCCUAUCAAUGUGACGAGUGUAAUAAGAAAUUUAGACAAAAAGAAACUCUGAUAUCACAUAUGAGGACACACACUGGUGAACAGCCUUAUUCAUGCUCAGAAUGUGGUCGAAGAUUUGCUUCCAAAGGAAAUCUCUCAAAGCAUAAUCUGGUACACACUGGAGAAAAGCCUUUUGAAUGUUCUGAAUGUAAGAAAACAUAUGCUUAUAUAGGAGCUCUAAAUAGACACAAGAAGGUACAUACUAGAGUGAAGCAUACCCAAUGCUCUCAUUGUGAUCAAAUGUUUGAUUCAAGGUAUUACCUUCAGAAACACAUGCUAACUCACACCGGUGAAAAGCCUUAUCGAUGUUCUGAAUGUAAUAGGGGCUUUACAUUUCAGUCGAACCUUAAAAGGCAUAUGGUGAUUCAUACUGGAGAGAUGCCCAUCAAUGUGACGAGUGUGAUAAGAAAUGUAGACAAAAAGAAACUGUGAUAUUACAUAUGAGAGCACACACUGGUGAACAGCCUUAUUCAUGCUCAAAAUGUGGUCGAAGAUUUUACCGAAGGCAGUCUCUUAAGGCAUUACCUGGUACAUACAGGGGAAAGGCCUUAUCCAUGCUUACAGUGCGAUAAAAGAUUUUCUUUAAAAAAAACCUUCAAACUCAUAUGAAAACACAUACUAAGUUGUGAAUAGCUUUAUCAAUGUUAGUGUGUAAAGAUCUUUUGUGGUAAACCUUUCCAUACUAAGCACACGUUAGUACAUCAUGAAGAAAAACCUUAUUAGUCUACUGAGUUUUCCGGUACUACAUCACAGUGACAUUACCUACUCAACCAAUUUGAAGUGCCCAUGCAUAUAUUGAUUGCAACUUUAAAAUUUCAUAUUAUUGUUUUGUCUGAUUAUAUUCAAAUGUUCACCAUUCUGCUUCUGUAAUUUAUCACUUCGUUUAAGAGUAGUUGACUAGUUAGGUUAAAUUUUUCCUUUAAACUAGAAAUAAAUUUGAAAUAAGCAUGGCUCAAGGUCAAGUAGAGCAAGAUGUAUGAGUGUACAAAUGACAUUUGUUGUCCGAAUUGAAGCUUGUUUUAACACAACUGAAUGAAGUAGCUGUCAAUAGAAGGUUGAUAAAAUGUUGACCAAUAAUUUUGUAGUAUUUUUUUAAUGACUUUAAUCUGAUACUUUCUAUAUCAUUUGCAGGCUCCAUCUGCAGUCCUAGUAACAUGCGUCAAAGUUUGGAAAAUGAGUUACAGUUAAGAAGUCCUCAUGCAGACUCAGAGGACCAGAAUACUUCACACACCAAUGUAGAG